AUGUUUAACAGGAUUACGGAAAGAGGGAAGUAUUACUUGCAGUUUGGGGAUAAAUGCGGACCUCUGACAAUCAAUGUCCUCCCUGUCAACGAGUUCACUCCCGUUUUCGAACCAUUAUUCCGAGUUGUCACAUUAAAAGAGGGCUUACAAGGAAAUAGUCUGCUAUCGAACUUCACCUGUACUGAUGAAGAUAAAGAGCCCAUAGGGGCACAGGAUGGCUGUUCUCAAGUUUUGAUUGAGUCAGGAGAUGACGCGGACGCAAAGUUUACAAUAGUGGGUGAUUCAAUCGUCACUACCAAUAACGUCAUUGACUACGACACUGGUGACACAACAUACACUCUUAUCAUCGUUGGUAUUGAUAGUUCAACCCGUGAUUCUCGUAGAACAGGGACAAUGACAGUUGAAGUUAAUAUUGAACCUGUGAACGAGUUCGUACCGACUAUUCAAAAUAGGCCGAUAUACAUAAGUAUACCAGAAGACACCUUGGUGGGUACGAAUAUCUCCGUUGUGACCGCUGUGGACGAUGACGCGGGACCCCACGGACAUGUAACGUAUAAACUACUAGGAAAAGAUGACACAUUUUUGAUAAGUCAGACAACAGGAAGAAUAUACCUUAAGCGUCCUGUAGAUUUCGAAUCGACUCAGAAAUCUUAUUACGUCACAGUAGAAGCUUCAGACGGAGGUCUCUCAUCUACGGCUGUUGUAAACGUCACAGUAACUGACGUCAAUGACAACGUACCCGUAUGUACACAUACAGAAAAUAACGUCACAAUCAACGAAGAUAUGCCAGUUGGUUCUUCGAUAGUAUCGCUCAGUUGUACAGAUAAUGACCCAGGAACAGUUCUAACUUACCAGAUUUUAUCUGGUGACAAUGGCGACUUUCAAAUCACCUUGCAAGGGGAUAUCAAUGUUGCUGAUGUAUUGGACUAUGACCAAGGACUGACAUCGUACUAUAUGUCUAUAGAAGUUUCGGACGGCAUUCACAUAACCAUGGUAUGGGUUUUAGUACAGUUGGCGCCUGUAAAUGAGUUUUCUCCAAUUGCACCAAGCUAUACAGUGAAUGUUAGCGAAAUAGCACCAAUCGGUUCCAACGUUAUCACAUAUAUAGCAGACGACAGGGACGCACCUCCACAUGCCGUGAUGUCAUAUCAGAUAAAUAACGUACCAAACGGAGAACCAAACACCUUUUACAUUGACAAAAACACAGGAAAAAUAUCACUCACGGAGUUUUUAGACUUUGAAACUAUCCAGCAGUACAUAAUUGUUGUGAAAGUUACAGACAGCAGUGGGAAUUUUGGUACAGGAACGGUUGUUGUCAACGUUGACAACGAAAAUGACCACGCCCCUUUUUGUGUACAAUCUACGGGGAUAUUCUCUGUGUCGGAAAAUGCUGCCGUUGGUGACAUAGUGAUCCCUGAUUUUGAAUGUACAGAUCUCGACAACAAUCUAUUAUCUUAUUCACUUAUCCAGUCCCCCGAUGAAAGCGCUUUCGAUAUAGAUGCACAAAACAGACUUAAAGUGAAAGGUCGACUGGACUUUGAAACUACAUCGUUUUACAGUAUCCUGAUAGACGUUACGGAUGGAUCACUAUCUAACACGAUGAGAUUUACAAUUAAUGUCAUUGAUGAAAACGAGAGUGUUCCCAAAUUCCUCAAUGGCGUGGUGAUAAGUACUAUCAGAGAAUCUGAUAGAACAGGAACACAUGUUGCUGUGGUGUCUGCUACUGAUGAAGAAAACAAUCCUUUGACCUACUCUUUUGUUGGAAGCUAUCCAGAAUUUAUGAUUGACCAAAGGACAGGAAUUAUCAGACUUCGAACCCAGGUCGAUAGAGAAAAAGCGCCUACCAUAGAUAUCCUAGUUAUGGCUUCCGAUGGACAGUUUACUUCCACAGCAACUGUUUCGGUGACGAUUGAAGAUGUGAAUGAAAUGCCAUUUUCCAUCGAAGAAAACAAAUUGACAGGCACUACAGUUGGAAUUGUGUCUGCAGAGGAUCCAGACAUUGGAGAUACGAAUGGAAAAGUUCAAUACAACAUUGUCAAAGGAAAUGAGAAUUUGCAGUUUGAUAUUGAAGCCAACAAUGGGAUUAUUACUCUCAAUGCGCAAUUAGAUUAUGAAUCACAACGAUCUGCGCUUUUGCUGGUUGAAGCUUCGGACCUUGGAUCUCCAUCGCUGUCAAGUGUGUGCACGGUCAUUGUCCAUGUUUUAGAUCAAAAUGACAAUGCGCCAAGUUUUUUAAGUCUUAAACAAAAAGAGAGAAUUUCAGAAGAUACACAAGUUGGACAAACCGUAACUCGAGUUUAUGCUUAUGACAAGGACUCAUCUGUUGAUGAUAACAACAUGGUCGUUUAUAAGUCAACGUCAAACAUACCUUUUAUAGUGGAUUCUGUCACUGGUGUUGUGAAGGUUUCUAAUAAUUUGGACAGGGAAAAAACUAAAAGAUAUGAGAUGCUUAUCACGGCAACAGACAAUGGAUCCCCACAGUUGACGGGAACGUUGACGUUAGAAAUAGAUAUCACCGAUGUUAACGACAAUGACCCCAUCGUUAGAGGAACGUACAUUGCCACUGUUCCUGAGAAUGUUCCCUUGCACUACGUUGUAUUUAGUAUCGAUGCUUCUGAUGCUGACGGAGAAGCAUUUGGUACACUGAGGUAUGAAAUUGUGUCACCUGAAAUGAAUUCAGUCUUCAAGAUAGAGGAAAAUACAGGUACCGUACAGACGGCUUCAGAGCUAAACAGAGAAUCCCAAGACUUUUAUGAAGUACCUAUCAAGGUAUCUGACAAUGGAAAUCCUCCUCGAUCAACUACAGUGACUGCCACAGUGCAUGUUUCCGAUGUUAAUGAUGUUGCUCCGAAGCCUUCACAUUUUUCUUUCGAAUUUUCAAUAGGUGAAAACGCUGAAAUAGAUACUCAAGUAGGGACAAUUUCAGUAUUAGAUGAGGAUUUAGGAAUAAAUUCAAAACUAGCAUUUUCCAUUUCAACGUAUUGGAGAGGAUCAGAAACUCAUUUUAAGGUCAACCAAGAUAAUGGAAGCAUCUACACUACUGAAACAUUAGACCGUGAACUGGAGAGAAAAUACAUUUUUAGUUUAAGAAUAGAAGAUGGUGGGACACCUUCUCUAUCAGCGAAUAUUACGGUCAAUAUAAUAAUCACGGACGUCAAUGAUAACGCUCCAGUGUUUAAUCGGCCAUUUUAUUCAACAACUAUUUUUGAAAAUCAGACAACUGGGAUUAACUUUCUGUCUGCCGGGGCAUCUGAUGACGACUUGGGAAUAAAUGCAGUCAUAGCAUACGAGCUUGACAUGACGUCGGAAGAGGCCUUAAGAUCUAAUCUAUACUUUGGGGUGCAUAGUCAGACGGGAAACAUCUUUCUGCGACGAAAGGUUGACAGAGAGGUGUAUCCAUAUUUCACGCUUACUGUUAUUGCAAGGGACAGUGGGGUGCCCUCACUGUCAUCAGAAGUCAAAGUACACAUACAAAUUGAAGACGUAAAUGACAACCCUCCAGUGAUCUCUCCCUUGUUUUAUAAUACAGAAGCGUCGUCUAUAAAUAUGUGUGACCCUGUUAUUACUACCGUGAGUGCCACCGACGCCGACAUCGGACGUAAUGCCGCUAUCAACUAUCACAUCAAUGAAAACGACGCUUCUCUGCCAGUUUUUGUAUCCCAACUUGGCGUGGUUACUGUGAAAUCCGAUAUGUUGCUCUCUAAAUACAUCAUUAAAAUAAAUGGACGUGACAAUGGAGAUCCGUUCCUUUUUUCUAAAGAUCCUGCCAAGGUUCGAAUUGAUCGAUUUGACCCGGAUCUCUCAGUCAUAGUAUUUCAUUUGGACAUGACAUUGACUGAUUAUUUUCAAAAGGAACUCGACUUUUUAAACAGAAUAGAGAAAGCUCUCUCAAAAUGUUAUCCCAAUGCUUAUGUCAGAAAAUGGUGCAUACAGGAAAAAGACACAUACAUAGUGGUUUACGUGUAUGCAGUAAAAAAUAAUGAAACCAACGACGUCAAGUAUUUAAACAUAGAAAAGGUUUUUGUGACAAAUGGUGAAUUCCUUCCUGUUUUGCAACUAGACCAAAACAACAGACCAACAGUGGAUAUUAAUGGUAAGAAAUGGGGAGAUUUCUCUGUGAUUAAAGUAGUCCAGUAUGGAUCAGAUCUAGUUUAUCCAGAUCCAACUGUAUCCCGUUUGUCAGACAGCACCGAUGUCUUGGCACUUCCGCUAGGAUUGUCGUUGCCCCUGCUGGCGCUUCUAGCUAUCACAACCAUCAUUCUGAUCUACUGUGCUUGGAGAAGGAGGUGGUGCAAACGAAAUAAGUAA